UCUCAUUAUAUUUUCUACAAACAUCUCUGUGAAUUGUUAUUGUUACUUUUGUUCAUCUGAUCUAUAAACAACUCCUAAGUAAUCUUUGUGUGUUCUAAGAUGAAAUUUCGCGCCAUCUUUUCGAGUAAACGUCUCCGUCAAGGAAUCUCAACGGUUUACCCUGCGAUGAUGUUCCUGUCACGACCCUCCUCCUCUACGAUGAUGAUCAAAUCUCAGUCUGAAGAAAACCUAAUAAAACUCCAUGAGUGUAUGGACAACAUGGACGACGAUGUCUCGAAGAUGUUUAUGGAGUGUCAUCAGACGGACUUCCGUCGAGACCCUGAGCUGCUUCGUCUUCUCAGCGAUUACUUCACCACAAGCAAAUCAGUCACCGCGCUCUGCGAGUCUCUGCGUAAGUGCUUGGAGAGAGCCGAACACGACGAGUGCUUCUUGAUCGACGAGGCGUUACGCGAUUUCGAGGAGGAGAAGAACGGUUACGGCGGUUUGCUCGAAGCUAGCUUCAGAAAAACAUUCCGUGAUCUCACUAAGUUCAGAAAAGACGGAGACGACUGUGAGGUUAUCUCAGAGGAGUUUCUUAGGAAGCUUCAGAUCUGUCAUCGAGACUUAGCUAAGAUGAUCGUGAAACUAGAGUCUACGAUGAAGGGGGUCGACAAGAAGCUGAGACGUUUAAGUGGAGGAAGAGUGGUGGUUGCGGCGGCCAUGAUUGCUCUAGUGGCCGUGGCAAAAAUCGUGGCUGGAAUCUGCGUACCUGUUCCAGUGGAAGCAGUGACGAAGUUUGCGGCUUCGAGGUGGAGGGAGUCGUCGGAAACUCUGAAACGGGAGAAGACGGCAGUGACGUCGAUGGAGAGAGCAACGAUGGUGGCUCUCAAGGAAGUUGAGAAGAUGAGUAGACUGGUGAGUAGGUUGGAGGCGGUGGAGAGAUCCAUUAGACUAACGGCGGACAUCGCCGUGAAUAAACGGUCGUCGGUGGCGUUUGCUAUGGGAGGGAUGGAGGAGGAACGGAAGAAGUUGAAGUCAACGCUCGUUGACCUUGAUAGAGAGACAGGACGGUGCGAUGGGUUUGUGGAGUUUGGACGUACGUUGACUCGUGACAAGAUCUUUGACUUUCUGUCUUGUGGCCAGAAACGGUAAUAACAACUUUGUUGAAUUCUAACUAUACUUUUGUAGAUAUACAUAUGUAUGAUAAAAUCAUCAUGAUUAUAGUAACAAAAUGUAAAUAGUCCAUUUCUCUUUUAUGUUUCUAUCUUAAGUCAAAAAUUUGGUUUCAUGUUA